AUGGACAACAAUUCAGAGCAACAAACCAACGGCGCGAUGGUACCGCCACCGUCAGAAAUGCUAAUGGGUAUGCCGGUAGAAAUGGUCGAUGGUGGCGGAUGGCCUGUACAAAUGGUACCGAUGAUGCAGGACGACCACCCUAACAUGCAACAAACGGAGCUGCACGAGUUAGAUCAAGAGGAGCAGGAGGAGGAUGACGAGGAGGAAGACGAACCUGAAGUUUUGCAACAGUCGCCGGAAUUGUCUCCUCCGCCCGCAUUGAUGUCGUUGCAGAUAGACGAUCCCGAGGAGUUAGUGAAAAAACCUUCCGAACUGGUGCUGCCGAAAGCGCUAGAGGAUGUACUGGCACUGAAGACGAUUCGCGCACAGGAGUUGGGAGCAGAGGACACGUUAGAUGCAUCGGUUGCCGUGUUACCUGGUGGUUACUUAGAAGCGGAACCAGCCAUGGAGUCUGACGAUGAGAAUGCGAACGAACCGAGUGCAGCUGAUGCUGAUGGAGACGAUUCGUCCAUGCCUGGCGCCUUUUCCGACCCCAGUCAAACCCGGGUGGAGGGAAAGCAGGACAAAAACAGACGCAAGAAGAAACGGAAGAAGGAAAACCGAAAGGCUCGACGGGAGCAGAUGCAAAAAGCACAUGAACAACGGAUGCAACAGCAACAGCAGCAGCAGCAACAAGCACAGAAGCACCCUGAAAAAAUAAUGAAAACCCAACAUACAAAGCAUAAACCAACACGUUCGAAAGAUCCGGAACGGGAAGCUAGCGAGGAAGUCGAACAGGGUGAGGAAGAACGCGUGGGAACAGAAGCUGAUGCGCCGAACGAUGAGGAUGAUGACAGGGAGUCGGAGGAAAUGGUGAAAAAAGUGAACGGUGAUCAAGAGAAAAAUGGCGAAACAGAAGAGAUGGAAGAAGCGGAAGAUGGUCAUCGUACAAAUGGAGAAAAGGAAGUCGAGGAUGCAGAAUCGGCUGAUCAUGCAGAGGGUGAAGAAAACGAUAAAGAGACAUCAUCAAAACAACAACAAGCGGAAACGGUGAGCACCGAUGACGAUAUCUUGAAGGAUGUGGAGAUCGAGUACGUACCGGAAAAAGUAACCAUCGCGGAUCUUGGUCCGAUGUAUCGGCAGUUUUAUCGCGUAUUCGAAAUAUUCAAACUCGACACCAAGUCAAAGGAAGCGGUAAAGAGCGCGGAAGAGACGGACAAAGAGAAGGCAGCAGCCGAGACGAAGAAGGUGGACGAUGGGCUGGAUUAUGACUACGAUGAUAUGGGAGACCAGGAUGAGAAGGACGACAAGGAGAAGGUUUCCAAGCGCAAGCUAAAGAAACUGAAUCGGUUGAGCGUGGCGGAACUGAAACAGCUGGUAACGCGCCCCGAUGUUGUCGAAAUGCAUGAUGUAACGGCACGCGAUCCGAAGCUGCUAGUGCAACUGAAGAGCCACCGGAAUACGGUGCAGGUACCGCGGCACUGGUGCUUCAAGCGCAAGUAUCUGCAGGGCAAGCGCGGUAUCGAGAAACCACCGUUCGAUCUGCCGGCGUUCAUUAAGAAGACGGGAAUCAUGGAGAUGCGCGCAUCGCUGCAGGAAAAGGACGAAGCCAAGACGCUCAAGGCGAAAAUGCGUGAACGGGCCCGGCCAAAGAUGGGCAAGAUCGAUAUCGAUUAUCAAAAGCUGCACGAUGCUUUCUUCAAAUGGCAAACAAAACCGCGCAUGACUAUUCACGGCGAUCUGUACUACGAGGGCAAGGAGUUCGAGACACGCCUGAAGGAGAAAAAACCGGGCGACCUGUCGGAGGAGUUGCGUAUCGCUCUGGGCAUGCCGAUAGGGCCAGCCUGUCACAAGAUUCCACCGCCGUGGCUUAUCGCCCAGCAGCGGUACGGGCCACCGCCGAGCUAUCCCAAUCUCAAGAUACCGGGCUUGAAUGCGCCCAUUCCAGAGGGAUGCUCGUUUGGAUAUCAUGCCGGUGGCUGGGGUAAACCCCCGGUGGACGAAAGCGGCAAACCGCUGUACGGUGACGUGUUCGGUGUGGCAGGAAUGGACGGAGAGGGUGGUAUGGGCGAGGAAGAAAUCGACCGGACCGUGUGGGGCGAGUUGGAAUCGGAAUCGGAAGAAUCGUCCGAGGAGGAAGAAGACGAGGGCGAAGAUAUGACCGCACAGCCAGACGAAAGUGGACUGAUCACACCAGCGGAAGGACUCGUGACACCGUCCGGUCUUACCAGCGGUGUACCGGCCGGCAUGGAAACGCCCGACACGAUCGAGCUGCGCAAGAAGAAGAUCGAGAGCGAAAUGGAAGAUAACGAGACACCGGUACUGUAUCACGUGCUACCGGAGAAACGAAAUGAGCGUAUUGGUGCUGCUAUGAUGGCAUCGACGCACGUGUACGAUAUCUCCGCAGCAGGUGGAGGUGGUGGUGCUGGUGGUCCAGGUGCCGGUGGGCCUGCGGCAGGUGCCGGUGGUCGUGGGGCGGGUCGGAGCGGUGGUCCUGUGGACCGCGAAGGUAUGGUCGAACUGGCACUCGAUCCCUCCGAGCUUGAUCUGGACAAUGAGGCGAUGGCGCAGCGUUACGAGCAGCAGAUGCGAGAACAACAGAGUCACUUGCAGAAGGAGGAUCUUUCCGACAUGUUAGCCGAGCACGUUGCCCGGCAAAAAUCGAAACGGAAACGGCAGCAAACCGACACAACCAGCAAACAGUCGAAAAAGUACAAGGAGUUCAAGUUCUAG